AUGGGUACCAGACGAAGUAGUCACACAGUAUCCACAUUAGCAAAUGGAUAUGUAUUAGUUGCUGGUGGUCGCAACGAUAGUAUUUCUCUCAAUAGUGCUCAAUUAUACAAUCCAUCAACAGGCAAAUGGACAAUAACAGGAAGCAUGAGUGUCAUACGACAUAUUCACACAGCGUCCACAUUAGCAAAUGGAUUAGUAUUAGUUGCUGGUGGACAGUCUGGAAUUGGUAGUUACCUCAAUAGUGCUGAAUUGUACAAUCCAUCAACAGGCACUUGGACGGCCACACGAAGCAUGAGUAUCGCACGAGCUUGGCACAUAGCAUCCACAUUAGCAAAUGGAAAAGUAUUAGUUAGUGGUGGAGUGGGCACCGGUAGUGUUAAUCUCGAUAGUGCUGAGCUUUAUUAA